AUGAAAUGUUUAGUACCAACAUUAGAUAAACCUUUAAUGAAACUAUUUGCUUGGUAUACGCGAAAUGUUUUAACUGAUUAUUAUUAUUUGUUAUUCAUAUUUCCUAUAUUAUUAACUGCUAUACUUGGGAGCGGUUUUAUUUGGAUCAAGGACUUGACAGUACAAAAUGCAAAGAAAUUAUAUACACCGAUAUCAGCUCCCUCGUGGAAAGAGGAACAAAUUAUGCGUGAGCUUUGGCCAAUAGAUGUGAACGAAUUUAUGCCAGAAAGAACUUUUGAAUGGAAUCGGUAUGUAUAUGUCGUAGUUCAUGGCAAACGAAGAUUAGACGGAGUAUUUCCAAAUAUUUUGGAUCAAUUGUAUUUAAAAGAAAUACAAGAUUUAGACAGAAAUAUAGUGGAAAAUAUUCACUUUGCAAUGCAGGAUAGAUGGAGGACGAAUCGCACGAAUACAAUCGGUAAAACAGUCCAUUUUCAGGAUCUUUGUCUAAGCUGGCACGAUGAAUGCUAUCGACAGACGAACCUCAUUAAAUUACUCCAAAAUCGCCAACAGCUUGAACGACAUGGAAUCGGUAUCACCUAUCCAAGAGCUAACACAGAUGGCACUCCAAUUUAUUUAGCUUAUAAUAUAGGAGGCGUUGAUUCUCACAAAAAUGGCACUAUUAAGUUGGUUAGAGGAAUGCGCCUUUGGUAUUUUUUAAGAUUUGAUUCACCAGAAUACAAUGCGAUGUCAAUGAAAUGGGAAGAUGAGGCUGCAACAUAUAUCGAGAAGAAUUUUGCAAAUAAUUCGCAUAUUGAGGUACAUAUUCAACAUUCAAGACUAAUCGACCAAGGUCUUACAAGAAAUGCCAAUCGGCUAAAGCCAUAUUUUUCGGUUACUCUAAUCGUUCUAAUAUUUUUUACUACUUUUAAUGCUAUUAAGUGGACAUCGAUAAGAAUUGAUUGGCUUCGAUCGAAACCUUGGCUAGCAUUAUCUGGUGUUCUUUCGUCCGGAUUAGCUAUUAUCAGUGGAAUUGGCCUUUUAUUAUGGUGCGGUAUGAUCUUUGCUGAAAUUACGCUUGUUGCUCCAUUUCUUGUCUUAUCCAUCGGCGUAGACGAUAUGUUCAUAGCUGUUGCUGCAUGGCAUAACACAGAAAUAGCUUAUCCAGGCAAAAGUGAUGAGAUUUUAAAAUAUCGAAUGGUCGAAGCAAUGUCUGAAUCUGCAGUUGCCAUUUUUAUAACGAGUAUUACUGAUAUCUUAUCAUUCACUGUUGGAUGUUAUACAGAUAUUGUUGCAGUCCGAAGUUUUUGUGCGAUGACUGCUGCUUGUUUGCUAUUCACUUUUUUAUACCAUCUCACAUUUUUUGCUGCUGUUAUGGUGAUAAGUGGUAAAAUACAGCUACGAGAGAGAAACUCGUUUUUUCCAUUUUUGAAGACAGUUGAUCAAUAUAAAGAAAUGAAAAAUGCUGAAAGCUACAGGAAGGGUCAAAUUUCAAAUCGAUUUGAAGCAUAUAACAUGAAAGAUUUAUUUCAAAUUAUUGAAAUGAAACUGUAUAGCUUUUGGUUAUUAUCAUUAUAUGGAUUGGCUAUAAUGCAACAAGGAUUAGAUUUCGAAAAACUGUUGAUUAAAUCUGAUCCAAUUGCUAACACUAUCGCCAUUGAGAUUGAACUUUUCCAUGGAGGAGACCAAAUCGAAAUUGCCGUCGUCAAAGCUCCAGAUAUGACGAAUGAGAAAAAUCGGAAAAUCAUCAAAAAAAUGAUUAGAGAAUUCGAAUCAAUGGAAUAUUCGAUGGGUGUUAAAGGAAGUCAAAUUUGGAUUCGCGAAUACGAAAAAUACGCUAAUUCUACUGGAUCAUAUUUAGCUAAUGACCAUCAAUCAUGGGUUGAAGGAGUAUAUAGCUGGUCGCAGCUCUAUGGGCUAUUAGCCUUUUUUAAAACGUCAUCACAAUCAGUGUCUCGAGAUUUCGUAUGGGAAAACGAAGGGACUUUAAAAAACUUGUCUAUGAAAUCAUUUCGAUUUCGGAUCGGUGUGACUCAGUUUAAUAAGCCAGCAGAUUUGAUUCGCGUGACAAGAAUAGUUCGUGCUAUUUCCGCCAAAUAUCUGCAAUUCGAAGUAUACUCAUAUCAAAUGAGUCGCAGUAUCGCUGAUCAGAUCGAUGUGCUCUUGCCUAAUACGCUACAAAACGAUACAAUCGCCAUAUUUGUAUUAAUAAUAAUUUCAUUGCUUUUUAUUCCCAACCCGAUAUGCACAAUUUGGAUUACUUUGUCGAUAUUAACAAUGGAUAUUGGAGUAAUUGGAUUUCUAUCGUUAUGGAAUGUUAAAUUGGAUCCAAUCUCGAUGAUGACAAUUUUAAUGUCAAUCGGAUUUUCCAUUGAAUUUUGCGCUCAUAUCACUUAUGGAUUUAUUAGUAAUAAUAAUAAAUUAACACCUAAAGAACGUUGUGUCGAUACAAUGGAAAAACUGGCCUGGCCUGUGAUGCAUGGUAGCAUAUCGACAAUACUUGGUGUAACUGUUCUCGCCUUUAUCAAUUCAUAUAUGGUACUUGUUUUCUUCAAAACGAUAUUUCUCGUCAUUGUUAUUGGUGUAUUUCAUGCAUUAAUCUUAUUACCAAUUGCUUUAAGUUGUACAGCUAAUCUAACCGAUCAUUUUAUGAAUUCACAACAUCGAAAAAUGAAUAUAAAUUGCAUAGUUCUGUCAAAUAGUUAA